AUGGGCAUCUUCACUAUCAGCAGAAACCCUCCUUCCGCCAUACUGUCUGACAGCUCAAUCGGACUUAUGAAGGAUUCGUGGAUAUUUUUGAAAGGAAGAGAAAUACUUCCCAUUUAUCAAGAACAUCGAACAUAUUGGUUGUCGGACAAAAAGCACGAGGAUAGGAGUGAAAGACGAAAGACUUUGGUAUUUCUCUGCUUUGAACACAACGAAAGUGCAAUGUCUUUCAGCGGCACAUUUAUCCCAUCUGAGUGUCUUACAAUGACGCUCCUCCUGGAUUUGACUUGGUUGUAG